AUGCAUAAGGCCUACAGUGUGCAGUCAAUCCUGAAGCCAGGCGCUCAAAUUGAAGCCAUUGCAGCUUACGGUAACAAUGUUAUAUUGGGCACCAGGAGCGGUCAGCUCAUAAUGUACUCAGUGGACGAAAAUACAGGAGUGCAUAUGCAAAUGAUUAACAAGAAUUUCAGCAAAAAACCAAUUACACAGAUGGAGGUGGUUGCUGCUGAAAAUCUCCUUUUCGUGCUGACGGACAAUAUGAUUCAUGUGUGUGACAUAAGUCGCAUUGAGAAUAAUUUCGAAGUCAUGCACAGUUCUGCGGACACAAAGGGUUGUACGCUCUUUACAAUGGAUGUGGACUCUCGUAAAUCGACAACUGGCGAAUUGGCCACGUUAAUACAAAUCGGCUGUGCCAUCAAUCGCCGUAUCGCGUUCUUCUUUUGGAAAAACGAUAAGCUUGCUUCCUUAAAGUUGACCAUUGAUGAUGUGCCUCGGGCAAUAAGCUUGGUGAAUCAAACUGUGUGUGUGGGGUACAAAUAUCAAUACGUUAUAUACAAUAUAUCUUGUACUCCACCAAAGAAACACGAACUGAUACUAACCUCCUCCACCAUCAGCCAGGAGCCCAACAUUUGUCUCAUACGCAAAAAUAUGUUAGGCAUAUCCAAAGACAACUACCUGAUGCUCAUUGAUCCCAGUCAAUACACAGCUAAGGAAGGCAGCGCUGAUGGCGGAAUGAAUAAUAAGACAACGCUAACAAUGUGGACAAGUCCACUGAUGGGAUUGGUUUGGGAUGAACCCUUUGCUAUUGGACGCAUUAAAAACACCAUCGAAAUUCGAAGCUUGGUAGGCAAGGAGACAUUGGUGCAAUCCCUGCCAGAGCUAAAGAAUACCAGAUUUCUUGUUCGCUCUGAUAAAGGCACAAUAUUUGCCGCCGCUACAUCUGAACUGUGGUGUAUACGUAUGGUGAACAUCCCUUCACAAAGGGAGGAAUUGUUACUUCAAAAGAAAUUUCAAUUGGCCAUAGAACAUGGCCCCUCCAAGGCGCUAUCAGAGAUCAUAGACACUACGUUGUUAAAGUGUUAUCUACAGACAAAUGAUGCGCUAGUUGCUCCACUUUUGCGACUUAAUCACUGCCAUCUAGAGGAGUCUGAGAAGAUUCUCAAAAAACACAAUAAGCUCUUGGAGUUGAUCAUUCUCUAUGAGGGAAAAGGCAUGCAUAGGAAAGCUCUGACACUACUAAAAGAACAAGCCAAUGUGGAAGGAUCUGUGUUGCAGGGUCUUCAACGAUCCAUCGUUUAUUUGCAGGGACUUGGCGCAGAACACUUGACACUGAUUUUUGAGUUUGCCAAGUGGUUGAUAACUGAAGAUCCAAUUGAAGGUCUUAAAAUUUUUACCGAAGACCUAGAAACAGUGGAAAAACUACCACGUGACAGGGUUCUAAACUUUUUGGUUGGCAAAUUCAAGAAUUUAGUCAUACCCUACCUGGAACAUAUUAUCGACGUGUGGGACGACACCAACACACUACGGCACAAUGCACUACUUAAGGAGUACAGUAAACAAGUGCAGCGCUUACUCGCUGAGAAGACAAAGGGGCAGGAAACGCCGAAGCUGCAACAUCUACGCUCCAAGUUGUACAAAAUGCUAGAUGAAUCCCAAUACUACUCUCCAGAUCGAGUGCUGCAGGAUUUUCCCACCACAGUGCUGCUAGAGGAGCGUGCACUUAUUCUGGGUCGCCUCAAGAUGCAUGAAAAGGUGCUGGCCAUUUACAUUCAAGUGCUUGGCGAUGUUAUGAAGGCCAGAACUUAUGCGGAAGGAAACUACGAGCUGGACAAGGACGUUUUCAACAAGCUCCUAGCGAUCAUACUAAAACCAAUGCAACAACCGCCAUACGAGGGUGUUUCCAUGCAUCCAGACUUUGUAAAACCUAACUUGAAAGUGGCACUCGAGUUGCUUAAUGUCUAUACUGUAAAAAUAGAACCAAUUAAGAUAUUGGAAUAUCUGCCGGAUGAUUUGCCCGUCCAUGAGCUUGAAACCUAUUUGGAGAUGGUGAUACGCACUGAUCUGGCCGAGCAACAUCAGCGUAAAAUAAUGAUGGGACUUUUGCAAUCAGAGGCAAAGCGACUCCAAUCUGCAGUAGACAUUGAGAAGAAAAAGUGCUUUGAACUAAACGAGGCAACUGUGUGUCCGGAGUGCAAGAAACGCUUUGCCAAUCAAACGGCCUUUGUGCGGUAUCCGAAUGGCCAGGUGGUGCAUCUGUCCUGCUACGACAGAUGUUUGAAAGCGUCCCAGCAAUAAAUCAUCUCCUUUU